AUGACGUUUUUCCCAUGCGGUUGUGAUGACGUCGUCUCUCUCCGUCGCCCUUGCACGGGGGGCGGUCGCGUGCUCAGCAUUCAGUCACAUACCGUCCAGGUAUCCGUUGCAUUGCAGUCGUACACUGCCCAGGUGCCCCACUCAGGUGUUUCUCAGGCGCCCAUCUCAGGUGUUUCUCAGGCGCCCCUCUCAGGUGUCCUCUCAGGUUCCCCUCUCAGGUGCCCAUCCCAGGUGUCUCUCAAUGUCUCUCAGGGGUAUGUGGGCAACAAGGCGGCGGUCUUCCCCCUGCAACUGCUGGGCUUCGAUGUGGACCCCAUCAAUUCUGUGCAACUCUCCAACCACACUGGGUCCAUCACUCCUCCCACCUCACCACAUGCCCCAUGCAUCUGUCCCAUUCGUGCUGCUGCUGCAGGGUACCCCACGUGGAAGGGGCAGACACUGGACGGAGAGCAGUGCAGGCUACCCCACGUUAGAAGGGGCGGAUACUGCCCCACGUGGAAGGGGAGGAUACUGCCCCACGUGGAAGGGGCGGAUACUGUACGAGGAGCAGCUGUGGGCAGUGAGAGAGGCGCAUUGCCUCAUGCGGCUCCCAGCAUGCCCCAUGCAUCGCUCCCAUCCCGUGCGUGCAGGCUAGCCCACGUGGAAGGGGCAGAUACUGAGUGGGGAGCAGCUGUGGGCGCUGAUAGAGGGGCUGGGAUAGCGCCUGUGCAUCCUGAGCCUUGGAAGCAGCAGCCUGGGUGCGUGCUGGGUGCAUGCACCCUCAAGCAGCCUGGGUGCGUGCUGGCCUGGGUGCGUGCUGGGUGGAUGCACCCUCUAGCAGCCUGGGUGCGUGCUGGGUGCAUGCACCCUCUAGCAGCCUGGGUGCGUGCUGGGUGCAUGCACCCUCUAGCAGCCUGGGUGCGUGCUGGGUGCAUGCACCCUCUAGCAGCCUGGGUGCGUGCUGGGUGCAUGCACCCUCUAGCAGCCUGGGUGCGUGCUGGGUGCAUGCACCCUCUAGCAGCCUGGGUGCGUGCUGGGUGCAUGCACCCUCAAGCAGCCUGGGUGCGUGCUGGGUGCAUGCACCCUCUAGCAGCCUGGGUGCGUGCUGGGUGCAUGCACCCUCUAGCAGCCUGGGUGCGUGCUGGGUGCAUGCACCCUCUAGCAGCCUGGGUGCGUGCUGGGUGCAUGCACCCUCUAGCAGCCUGGGUGCGUGCUGGGUGCAUGCACCCUCUAGCAGCCUGGGUGCGUGCUGGGUGCAUGCACCCUCUAGCAGCCUGGGUGCGUGCUGGGUGCAUGCACCCUCAAGCAGCCUGGGUGCGUGCUGGGUGCAUGCACCCUCUAGCAGCCUGGGUGCGUGCUGGGUGCAUGCACCCUCUAGCAUGCCCUGGCCUGGGGUGUGCUGGGUGCAUGCACCCUCUAGCAGCCUGGGUGCGUGCUGGGUGCAUGCACCCUCUAGCAGCCUGGGUGCGUGCUGGGUGCAUGCACCCUCUAGCAGCCUGGGGGUGCAUGCACCCUCUAGCAGCCUGGGUGCGUGCUGGGUGCAUGCACCCUCUAGCAGCCUGGGUGCGUGCUGGGUGCAUGCACCCUCUAGCAGCCUGGGUGCGUGCUGGGUGCAUGCACCCUCUAGCAGCCUGGGUGUGUGCUGGGUGCAUGCACCCUCUAGCAGCCUGGGUGCGUGCUGGGUGCAUGCACCCUCUAGCAGCCUGGGUGUGUGCUGGGUGCAUGCACCCUCUAGCAGCCUGGGUGUGUGCUGGGUGCAUGCACCCUCUAGCAGCCUGGGUGCGUGCUGGGUGCAUGCACCCUCUAGCAGCCUGGGUGCGUGCUGGGUGCAUGCACCCUCUAGCAGCCUGGGUGCGUGCUGGGUGCAUGCACCCUCUAGCAGCCUGGGUGCGUGCUGGGUGCAUGCACCCUCUAGCAGCCUGGGUGCGUGCUGGGUGCAUGCACCCUCUAGCAGCCUGGGUGCGUGCUGGGUGCAUGCACCCUCUAGCAGCCUGGGUGCGUGCUGGGUGCAUGCACCCUCUAGCAGCCUGGGUGCGUGCUGGGUGCAUGCACCCUCUAGCAGCCUGGGUGCGUGCUGGGUGCAUGCACCCUCUAGCAGCCUGGGUGCGUGCUGGGUGCAUGCACCCUCUAGCAGCCUGGGUGUGUGCUGGGUGCAUGCACCCUCUAGCAGCCUGGGUGCGUGCUGGGUGCAUGCACCCUCUAGCAGCCUGGGUGUGUGCUGGGUGCAUGCACCCUCUAGCAGCCUGGGUGUGUGCUGGGUGCAUGCACCCUCUAGCAGCCUGGGUGCGUGCUGGGUGCAUGCACCCUCUAGCAGCCUGGGUGUGUGCUGGGUGCAUGCACCCUCUAGCAGCCUGGGUGUGUGCUGGGUGCAUGCACCCUCUAGCAGCCUGGGUGUGUGCUGGGUGCAUGCACCCUCUAGCAGCCUGGGUGCGUGCUGGGUGCAUGCACCCUCUAGCAGCCUGGGUGCGUGCUGGGUGCAUGCACCCUCUAGCAGCCUGGGUGUGCUGGGUGCAUGCACCCUCUAGCAGCCUGGGUGCGUGCUGGGUGCAUGCACCCUCUAGCAGCCUGGGUGUGUGCUGGGUGCAUGCACCCUCUAGCAGCCUGGGUGUGUGCUGGGUGCAUGCACCCUCUAGCAGCCUGGGUGCCCAUGUGCAGUGGGUGUGUGCCAUGCAUGCGUGGGUGUUGCUGGCAUACCCUCAGCGUGGGUGUGGCGGAUACCCUGGCAGCCUGGGUGCGGGGGUGCAGAGCAGCUGGGUGGUGCGCAUGCACCCUAGCAGGGAGGCGGGUGUGUGCUGGGUGCAGAGACCUGGGGCCCAGACGCGCGUGCUGCUGAGUCCCAUCACCAGACGCCCCAGUGCAGUUACCAACAUGCGUGCUGUUGCAGGCUACCCCACGUGGAAGGGGCGGAUUACUGGAUGGGGAGGUGGAGCAGAGCAGCUGUGGGCGCUGAUAGAGGGGGCCUGGAGGCCAAUGGGCUUGCUCUUCUACACCGCCACUGCUCACCGGUGCUACAUCGGGUCGCUCUCCUUCCUGAAAACUGUUCUACGGGUUGUGGAGAAGCUAAGAUCAUCAUGCUGCUGCUGCUUUUCUCGCAUCUACCCAUCUCUCUGCCCGUCCUCCGCUUGUCUCACAUCCCCACAUCGAUCCGAAUGGGCUUGUCUCACAAAGGCUGCCUCCAUCCGCAUCGCUGCUUUCCCUUUCCAUCUCUCUCCAUACCACCUCUCUUCUCCUCACCGUAAUGGACCUCUCAAAGGCCUGCUGCCUGCUCCCCUCUCUCCCCCUCACCCAUUCUCUGCCUCCCAUCCCUCUCCAGUUUCCUUCCUCGCCCCAAUCUCUCUCCCCCAAUGUCUCCUCCCCAUCCCUUCUCUCCCCGUCACAGUGUGCGAUCCAGUGAUGGGGGACGACGGUCGUCUCUACAUUCGCCCCGAGCUCGUCCCCAUCUACCGCCACCAGGUGCCACCUCCUCUUGCCGUAAGCGUGUUCUGCGAGGUGGUCCCAGUGGCGACGCUCAUCACGCCAAACCAAUUCGAAGCAGAGCAGCUCACAGGCCUCAGCAUCCGGACUCAAGCAGACGCCAUCACUGCAUGUGACAUGCUGCACGCAGCAGGGCCCAGAAAGGUGGUGAUCACAAGCAUGGAGGUGGAUGGGCGGCUGCUGGUAGUGGGGAGUGACGCCAGCAGCCCUGCUGGAGAGGAGGAGGGCUCUGAACAGCGUUCUUUGCAGCGGUUCUGCAUCGCAGUGCCCAAGAUACCACACUACUUUACUGGAACGGGAGAUUUGAUGACCGCAUUGCUGCUUGGAUGGUCACAUAAGUAUCCGCACGACUUGGCUAGAGCAGCGGAACUAGCAGUGGCAUCUCUGCAG